GGGAUAUUUCCAAUUUUUUUCCAAGUCUUCAAAUUGAAGCCUUUUUGUAGCUCGUGAAUUCUUAGCCCUUUACUUCGACACCUCAUCCUCUCUCCCAGGGGCUGCUCUUUACGCAGACGAAACAAAUAUCCUCUUUCUUUCGUUAUGUUCAGUUGGGAUUCCUUAGGAACAUGUUUCUAAAGUUUACACUUUUUCUAGUGGCAGGUGAAGCUUCAAUUUAUCUUGAUCGAUGAAAUGCCACAUAUGAGGUGAACGAAAGUAUGAUUAUAAUGUGACGGUGAACUGUAUCGGGAAGAACCCAGUUUUUGGUGGUUCAGUGGAAGGGAGUUCCAUAGAAAUGUUAUUGGUGUGAAGUUUUGUUUGGCGAUGGGAAUGAGAGCUGUGAGAAAUCUCCUCUGUGGAUCAAGGGUUUUGUCAGCUGGGCAGAAUGCUGUGAUAAAAAUGGAUUCCAUUUCAUACCACUGCUUGGAGGAACCAAAGUUGGAGUCUUUUUCGUCUGAUUGGUAUGAAAAAGCCUUCUCAAAGCUAUCAAUGUUAUCCCACUUGCUGAAUAAUGUGGAUGUCGUUAACGGUAGGACUGUUAAUGUUAUUGAUGAAUCGAUAAUUGAAGAUGACGUUUUGCUAGAAAACAUGCAUCUUUUUAAGUCUCUAACAAGAGACUUUAUUGGGUGUCCUUUGGUUCAAGAAAUCAUGAGGAAAAAUAUUAUUAUGUCUUUAGGGAGCAAUGCAAAAGGUAACCAGCAGCUUCAUUGUUUUAAAAGAGCUGGUGAGAGAGAACCAAUGACCGUGGAUUCACUCACAAAGGUUUCUGAGUUCUUGAAUGUUUCAGCUCAACAAAGGAAGGUAGUCAGGGCAACGAUAUGUCCCCAGGUAACUCAACACCAGAUAUGGACUGGUGCGCUUGAGGUGAUACUAAAUAAGUUGAAAUCUGAGAUGGAGUACUUGGAUUUUAGGUUCCCUAGUAAAGAAACUAAAAUGGCAAAGCAAAUUGUUUUGAGCUGUCUGAAGGUUUUGGACAUUGCGAUUUCUUACAACCCCGAUUCCAGUUCAUGGAUGCGAGUUGCACCCACAAGAGAUGCCAAUUCACCUCCCACUUCACACAAAUGGGAAGACAUUCUUGAGAUGUUCAUUGAUCUUGCUGACUGCUUGAGUGAGGUAACAAAAUUAUCUCUAGAGGUUAGGAAGAUAGAGGUCAUGAAAGAAGGUCUCUAUCAGAUAAGGGAUAUUCUGAUAGAUAAAAACAUUGGAUACAGGGAAAACCGCCAUCAAGAAAGCUUAGUACAAAAGAUAUUAACCAAGAGACUGGGCCACUCAUCUCGGUGCUUAUUUACACUUCUCACGUAUUAUCUUUAUGGUAGCGUAAGCGAUAUUGAAGUAGAAGUUCGUGGGGGACUAUAUGCUGUUGGUCAUGGGGAUAAGUUCCGCCUAUGCAUGGGGAAAAUAUUGACAUCAUAUGAAGAGAAAAUGCUUUUGAGAGGAGUGAAGCAGCUUGAUCGGGCCCUGGGGUUGUUUAAGUUUAUAUGGGAAACAGCCGGAGUGAAAGGAGAUCUUGAACUGCAAGGCCAUUUAUGGUGCAUUGGCACUCAUAACAGAUCACUCACAUAUAGAGGGACUACAUUCUUGUUGCAUGGGAUUGAUUGUUUUCAUUAAGAAGGUUUACCACAGGGGAAGACACUUGAAUUUCUGUUCUUGAUCAUUGCAGCAGCAGCAGUUUAUUGUGCUUUUUUUUUUUCAAAAUAAGGAAAUUAGUUUGGCACGUCAAUGGGUGUCUGUUCAAGUGGCAAUAUAGGAACCAGAUUCUAAGAAGAGUAUAUUUCACUUACCUAGUCCUGUUUGAACUAUUUUUGUUCAUUUAGUUCUCACCAAAGACCAGGUAAGUGAAAUAUACUCUUCUUAGAACUUUAUAUGUAAUAUAUAUUCCCAAACUUUAUAUAAAAAGUUAUUUCCCCACCAUAAUUAUAUGUCUUUUACAAAUACAAAUUUAUUGGAAUAAUUAUAUUUUUAUCAUAUUUAAAUUUGUUUUUGCAAUUUCAUAGAAAUUUUAUGAUGUCUUAGAAUAUGUUGAUAUUAAGUUCUCAUUCUAGUGAUAAUAAUGUCAGUAAAGAGCUUAUUUUAUCAUCAGUCAAGCCUCAAAAUCCACCAUGUUAUUUUCAUUUGGUGACAGAGAGUAGUGUUGGUACUUGGUAAACUGUUUUUUUAAUGAUUAACAAAUUGUAAUAUUGGAAAUGUAUAGGUUCUGGAGCUUGAUAACUGCAACUUGUUAACAACAGUGUCUUUGGAUCUUCCUAUGCUAAAAAGCAUAAGACUCGUGCAUUGCCGCAAAUUUGCUGAUCUGAACCUACGAAGUGAUAAGCUAUCAUCAAUUACCAUUUCUAAUUGUCCUUUGCUCCAGCGAAUUAGCAUCACUUCAAACUCUCUCAAGAAACUGGUGUUGCAAAAACAAGAAUGCUUAAUCACCUUAGCAUUGCAAUGUCCCAGUUUGCAAGAAGUGGACCUUGCUGAGUGUGAAUGCCUGACAAAUUCUGUCUGUGAAGUUUUCAGAGAAGAUGGUGGCUGCCCUAAUAUGAAAUCCUUGUUCUUGAUAAUUGUGAGGGCUUGACAUCUAUUGAAUUUUCCUGUACUAAAUUGAACACUCUUUCCCUAGCUGGUUGUCGAGGUUUAAAAUCACUUGAACUCAGAUGCCCUUAGAGCAUCUCCAAUGCUAUAACGUGCACGGUGCACAUGUAGCAUGAAUGAUAGCCACAUAAAUAUCAGCAAAUAAAUUAUCUCUCUCCUUAUUUGAAUGAUUUUAUACAAUUUUGGUAAGUUUUUCCCUGCAAUGUCAACAACAAUGUCAACAUCUAGACGGUCUCCUUGACAUUGUAGAGAAAAACUUACCAAAAUUGUAUAAAAUCAUUCAAAUAAGGAGAGAAAGAAUUUAUUUACUAAUAUUUAUGUGGCUAUUUCUCAUGCCACGUGUGCACCGUGCACAUUUUAUCAUUGGAGAUGCUCUUAUCUUCAGCAAGUCUCAUUAGAUGGCUGUGAUCAUCUUGAAAGAGCUUCCUUUUGUCCUGUUGGACUUAGAUCUCUUAACCUUGGUAUAUGUCCCAAACUGAGUUUGCUGCAUAUUGACGCACCACAUAUGACAUCACUUGAAUUGAAGGGCUGUGGUGUACUUUCCGAAGCAUCAAUUAAUUGCCCAGUCCUGACUGCUUUGGAUGCUUCAUUUUGCAGCCAACUUAAGAAUGAUUGUUUAUCUGCCACAACAAAUUUGUGUCCUCUCAUUAAGUCAUUGGUAUUAAUGUCAUGCCCAUCAGUCGGCUCUGAUGGACUCUUGUCUUUACGCGGGCUUCCAGAUUUGACUUAUCUUGACCUAUACUACACCUUCCUGGUCAAUUUGCAGCCUGUUUAUGACUCUUGCUUGCAGUUGAGGGUAUUGAAAUUGCAAGCAUGCAAGUAUCUUAGUGAUACAUCUUUGGAACCUCUUUACAAAGAAAAUGCUCUCCCUGACCUGAUCGAGUUGGACUUGUCGUAUGGGACACUCUGCCAGUCUGCCAUUGAGGAAUUGCUUGAUUUCUGUACACAUUUAACCCACGUUAGCUUGAAUGGGUGCAUAAAUAUGCAUGACUUGGAUUGGGGCGGAAAUGGAAUUUCUCAUACAGUGUCGACAUUUGCAUCAGCUGUAUGUGACAUCCGCAUCACAAACAAACAGCUAACAAAUCGUUUGCUGCAGAAUCUCAACUUUGUUGGCUGUCCUAACAUCAAGAAGGUGGUAAUUCCCAUGGCGCGAUGCUUCCUUUUGUCAUCACUAAAUCUGUCCCUCUCUGCAAAUCUGAAGGAAGUCAAUGUUGCUUGUUCCAACUUGUCUUCUCUCAAUUUAAGCAACCGUUGUGCUCUGGAAAUAUUGAAGCUUGAGUGUCCCAGAUUGAGCAACCUAUUCCUUCAGUCUUGCAACAUUGAUGAGGAAGCUGUUGAAACUGCUAUAUUCGGGUGUACCAUGCUAGAGACGCUUGAUGUCCGCUUUUGUCCGAAGAUGCCCAUUGAGCAUCGGGAAGUUGCGAGUUGCAUGCCCCGGCUUGAAACACAUCUACAGCAGCCUGGCACCCCCUUGAUGCUCAAAUUGCAACUCCACCACGUCUGGGAUCUGCAAUCCAUGCUUUCAUCAAUUUCCAAUUUUCACUUUUGGUUGUUCAAGAUCGAAGGCGUGUCUUAUUAUUAUUUGUGAUUAUCUAAAUUCUAAAAAUAGCGCUUCUUUCAUGUGCCUUUAUCAAAUUCCAAUAAUGCUUCAUAUUAUUACUAUUACUCGCAAGUCGCAAUGUUGAUUCUUUAGCGACCAAGGGUUUGUAGUUGAUAGAUGUUAUUCAAUAAGACAUAUACGGCAAAAUAGAAUGCCAAAGUAACCCCAGGUUGUAUUGUAUAUGCAUAAAACUUGUAGUUUGUGAAAAUGUACACUGAAAUAUGCAAAACUUUUGUACUUGUAGUAUAAACAUUCAAAGUUUUGGCUUUCACAA